AUGGUGAAACAUUGCAUAGCUUUUGGGUGUCAAAACCGAAGUUCCAAAGCGGAAUGCAAGGACUUAUCAUGGCAUUCGCUGCCGCUGUCAAACAAGAAUUUGCUGGCACAAUGGCUCGUGAAACUGCGUCGAGAGAACACUCCGGUAAACAAAAACUCUUAUGUCUGUAGUCAGCAUUUUGAAGCUAAUUGCUUCAUAAAACCAAUGGGAGGACAAAGAAUUCGCUUGAAGCCAGAUUCCGUACCGACAAAGUUUAUAUUUACUGCGGUUGAAAAACCAAAGAGGAAAGAGCCCGCUGAUCGAGCAACGUUGAACACAAAGAAAACAAAAAUAGAGAAAUCGCAGCAGCAUUCAGCCCCCGAACCGAUAACCAUUGAAAACACCGAUUUUAAAUCUGUUUCAAAUGGUAUGGAAACUGAACAUCUCGAAAGUGAAGGUUUAUUUCAAAUUGUAGAUGAAAACUGGGAACAUCAACUUCAGUUAAAGAAUGAGGAAAUCUCAUGUUUACUUGAGAAAUGGCAAACUAAGGAGCGCGAACUGAACAAAAACUACAAGAGCAGGAGAAUCAACUUGAAGAAGAAAGAAGUGCCAGAAAGGAGCUGGAAUUAUUAA